AUGAGAGAACCACUAAACAUUCCACCAGAUUUCUGUACAAAAAAUCCUACAAGGUGUCCUUAUGGUCUUACAUAUGGAGGCGGGGGAAUCAGUGAAGAUACUGAUCCCAAAAUCGAAAGCAAGAUCAAUUUCGGAAAUGGGAGUGAAGUUUCAGGUGAAGGGGUUGUCUCAACACCAUUGGUGCCAGACGAGGAUAUGCACUAUGUUGUGAUGGCAGAAGGAAUGACCAUCGGAAAUGAAUUUGUUCCGUUUUACUCAAACGUGACAUCGCUCAACAAAAUUAAGAUGGUACUCGACUCAGGCUCAACUUUAACGACGUUACCUCAAUAUAUUUUUGACAGGCUGAUAACUGAGCUGAACAAGACACUUGAUCCGCAAUUGCGACCGUUCGUUAUGACUGAACCAAGAACGCUUUUCUGCAUAAACUCGACGACAAUUCCAGAAGAACCAAAAAUGAGUUUUCAUUUCGAGGGUGGUGCCGAAGUGCAGUUAGCGACAGAAAAAAUGUUCAUGAAAAAAGAUGAUGAAAAUAACAUAUCAUGUUUGGGAAUCCUACGAGGUAAUGAGGGUUCAUUAGAACCUGAUAUGGGUAUUUCAGGAGCCGUUACGCAGGAGAAUAUGUUGGUUGGUUUUGACCUGGAUAGAGAAGUGGUAUCCUUCAAGCCAACUGAUUGCUCAAACUAA